AGCACCACACACGCAUCGCAUUCGCACCAACCAGUCCCUCCCUUCUCUGCCUCCUCGCCGUUGACGUCAUGGCCACCUGCACCAGAGCACCGCCCGCCGCCGCCGCCGCCGCGGCGGCGGUGACCACCGAUCCAGGGAAGGAGAGGGGCGCGUUCCUGCCGGAGCUGGAGAAGGGGAAGGAUGCUGCCAUCCUCCCGCCCGCUAUUGCUCCUGCUGUCCUCGCCAAGCCAGGGAAGGAGAGUGGCGCGUUCCUGCCGGAGCUGGAGAAGGGGAAGGAUGAUGCCAUCCUUCCGGCCGCCGUUGCUCCUGCUUUCCUCGCCAAGACUGCAGGGAAGGAGAUGGACUCGUGCUUGCCGCCCCCGGAAAAGGACAAGCCACUCGCCCGCCCUGCGCCCAACACCGCUACUGAGAACCUCGUCAAUCCAGGGAAGAAGAUGCGCCGCCCUGUGCCGAUGACGGAUGAGGAGAGGAACAAGAUCAAGGAGUUGAAGGAGCAGCACCGGUCAGGGCUCGAUGAGUUAGAAGAUCUUUUCCAGAUACACAGGGAGCUGCGCGACGAACUUCUUUUCAGGCGGAGGUGUCUGGCCGCACGUCUAGUCAGCCGAAUCGUCUUCCAGCGCCGUGAUGCUGCCUAUGUCAAGCGCCAUCUUGACAUGGGCUUGAAGGUGGGGGAUAAGUUGCCGGAGGAGCUCAAGCAGGCUAGGCCACCAAUCUCGAUGGCCCUUUUCUUGUGGCAUGAAAUGGGCAGGGCCUUGCACAUAGGCAUGGAUAACUUCCUUGAUGAGUACAGCAACACCGAGGAGUGCCAGAGAAGUAUGCUAGCGUUGGUGCCCGGGGCUGUUUGUGAUGAGAAUGGAGCCCCGCGUGAUUCUGUUGCCUCCCAAGAGUAGGAAUUAAGUCUGUUUGCUAGGUCUGGAUGAGUACUUGUUUAAUCCUGAAAACGAAAUGUUUCUACUGUUUCAAUCCCUGAGGUUUGGAUUGCUUGUUGUAAUCCUGAGGUUUUGCAUGGAAUUAAGUCUGUUUGUUAUGUGUGGAUGAGUACUUGCUUAAUCCUGAGAAUGAAAUGUUUCUACUGUUUGAA